AACAGAACGAAGGCGCGAGUUUGCGAAGAUUGUUUGGAAAGAACAGAAAAAAUCUGGUCAAAAAAUUUUGAUGAAUCGUUUGGAAUAAUAAAAGCAAAAAAGAAAUGCCAGCUUUGAGGACAAGGAAAGAAGAUGAAACUGUCAGUCCAAGUGAAGCAUCUAGCCCAGCAUCUGGGGUGACUCCAGCCUCUAAAGUCAAAGAGGCUAAAGAUGACAAGAAUGAUUCUCCUCGUCGUAGUGGUAGGAAAUACAAGCAAAGAAUACUGUUUGGUCAUGAAAAAAUUCAACCAACUCCAUCACCUAGUGCAUCCAAAAAAACAAAACUUCCCAAGAAAACAGUAGAAAAACCUGAUAGUGACGAAGAACAAGAAGAACAAGAAGAAAGUUCAUCUGAUGAGGAAGUACCUGAAAGUAAUAGUGAAGAAGAGGAAGUUGUGACACCACGCAAGGCAACACCUAAAGGAAGGAAGACAACACCUGCUACUCCUAAGACUAACCCAUUUGGCAAAAAGGGAAGAACACCAAGCAGAGCAACUCCAGGAAGAAAGAGAAAAGGAAAAGCAACAAGUCAAGACGAUGAUGAUCAAGGAACCUUGUUUGAUAUUGUCAAAGCUGGGAAAGGAGCUCUGAGAGCUGUAGUUGAUGAUUGGAUAGAAAGCUACAACAAAGAUAAAGAGGCAGCCAUGGUUGAUAUUAUACAAUUCUUUGUUCAGUGUUGUGGAUGUAAAGGGACUGUUACAAGCUCAAUGCUUGAUGAAGAUGAAAAUGUUGAUGCUGUUAGACAGUUGACAGAACAGUUUGAUGAAGAAAGUCAUGAAUAUCCUCUAAUAAUGUCUGGACCUUCUCAUAAAAAAUUUAAGACAAAUUUUAUAGCCUUUGUACAUACUCUAGUAGUCCAGUGUCAGCAUUCUAUAAUAUAUGACGAGUACAUGCUGGACACCCUGGUGUCAUGGUUGAUCAGGCUGUCUGACUCACAGGUCAGAGCAUUCAGGCAUACUAGCACACUGGCAGGAAUGAAAUUAGUGUCUGCCUUGAUCCAUAUUGCCAAGAAUGUACACAUUGAACUAGAUAAUACCCAGCGUCAGUUAGACAGUGAGACACAAAAAUCCACUUCAAAGAAAGCCCUGGAAAAGAUUGAUAUGCUGCAAACCAGAAGGCAGGAGCUGAGACAAAACAUUAAUGAUCUUGAAGAAAUGAUGAACUUUAUCUUUCAAGGAAUGUUUGUCCAUCGAUACAGAGAUUCCAGGCCAGAAAUAAGAGCCCUUUGUAUCUCAGAAAUAGGAGAAUGGAUGAAAGAAUACAGCACCUUGUUCUUAAAUGACAAAUACUUGAAAUAUAUAGUAUGGAACCUACAUGAUAAGGUUGGAGAGGUAAGAUUAAAGUCACUCCAGGCUUUACUGGGACUUUAUGGUGACGAAGAUCUUGUACCACACCUGGAUGUUCUAACUACAAGAUUCAAGGAUAGAUUUGUUAGUAUGACACUUGACAAGGAUAAUGAAGUUGCCGUAGAAGCCGUCAAGCUGAUGAUUCAUAUGUAUCAGUAUGAUAAACUAGACGAAGAAGACUGUCAACAGGUGCAGUUGUUAGUGUUCUGUACGCACAAGCAAGUUGCGCAUGCAGCAGGACAGUUUCUUUACAAGAGAAUCAAGGAUGCAGCUGAGGAAGAUAUCAAGCCUAACAAAUCUAAAAAAGGCAGUAAGAAGUCAGACAAAGAGACCAAAGCUGUACAAUUAAAGAAAUUAUUGGAGUUCUUUAUCAAUAGUGAAGUACAUAAUCAUGGUGCUUACCUUGUCGACAGCUUAUGGAACACUGCAUCUCUAAUUAAGGACUGGAAGCUGAUGACAGAUAUGCUGCUGGAUAAAGCAGAUGAAGCAGGGCUUGAUGAUAAAGAAGAAGAAGCUCUGAUUGAAAUAAUGGUCAGUUCUUGUAAGCAAUCAUCCCAAGGUCAGGGACCUCCUGGAAGAGUAGUAAGAAAGCUUUUGAGUAGUAAGGAGAAGAAGACCAUAAUCAGUGACAAAAAAGAACUUAGUGCACACUUCAUGCAGACUGUACCAGACCUCUUGGCUAAGUAUGGAACAGACAAUGAAAAAGUCCUCAGCCUUGUGUCCAUGCCACAGUGUUUUGACUUGGAGGAAUAUGGUCAAAGACGACUAGGCAAGUAUUUAGAAGAACUGCUCAAUCAGUUGGACAGUGUCGUAGAAAAGAGCACAGAUCCAAUGGUGUUGCAAGAGUGUGCCAAGACAUAUCGAGCUUUGACAGACAGUGAAUACACACUCAGUACCACAGCUGAAGUAUCACGGAACAAACUGGUUGAUCAAUUUGUUGAAGCGUUCAAGGGAAGCUUACAAAAUGGACUUAAUGCUGAUGAUGAUGAUGAGGAUAAUAAUGACAGAUUUGUUCUAAUUUCAAAUCUGGAGAAAAUUUCAGCCUUCUACAAAGCACAUGAUCUUGGAAGUUGGAAGCUAUAUGACAACCUACAUCAUAUCAUGCAUCAUGCAACAACAGACCAGGAGACAGUACCAGAUAGAAUUCUUAUUCUUACAAUAAAUGCCAUGCAGUGUUUGUUGUUAUGGACUCUGACUGGGCUGGAUGCUAACCAUCCAGAUAAGGCACAAUUGAAGAAGCUAAAGAAAUGGUCAACAACCUUCAUCAGGCAAUGUGAAGAGCUGGUUGGAUAUAGUAAUACAGAAGUUAGAAUAGAGGCUUUCCUCUGUGUUUGUGACCUACUUAUUGUGUUUGCUAAACAACUCAAGAAUCAAUCACCUCUAUUGGGUCCUUUGGUAUAUGAACCCAGUGAUUCCUUCCAAGCUACCUGCCGGGAUUUCAUUGUCAACCAUAUAUUUGACAACAUUAAUGAGGAUGAACCAGAGGAAGAAGAUGAUGAACAAACAGAUGAAAAGGUGGAGGAACUGAGUAGGAAAAGGACAAUGCUAGCAGCAUUUCUCAAGCUUGUUAUUUUCAAUGUGUUUGACAUGGGGCUUGCUGCACCAGUGUUUUCAUUUCUAAACAAGGCAUUCAGCGACUUUGGUGACAUCAUCAAACAUGCUAUGAACAAGUGUAAAGAGAUUAAUAAAACUACAUAUGUAAAGACGUUACUGGCUGCCUUACAGCAGGAUUUCCUCAACUUGAAGGAAGAACAGGAGGGAGAGGUUGAUGUAAAGUCUGAAGAAUUUUGUAUCAUUAAGGACCUGGCUCAUCGAUUUGCACUCAGUUUAGGAGUAGAUACAACAAAAUCUCAAGCAAGGGAAGCUUUGAUCACAUUACACAGAGAAGGAAUACAGUAUGCAUUAUCCAAGAGUACAGGAAAGAAGCAGUCCCCCAAGAAAGGAAACAUCCCUCCACCAAACCUGCCAUUCUUUGACAUCUUAAAUGAAUUCACAUUUCGGUUGAUUCCUCAGGACAAGACAGGAAGGAGUGGAGUUUUACCAUUUCUUAAUAAAGAAGCUGGAGAUAAAGUGGAAAUGAAAGGAGAUGAAUGGAAUCCCUUGAUCACCUAUAGAAACAAUCUCCUUGGUAACCAGGAGGGAGAAGAAGAACAUGAACCACAAAAACAAGACAAAUCCAGGAGUGCUCGUGGCCGUCCAAAGAAACCCCCUGCACCACCUCCCGUACAAGGUAAAGGAAAGAAACGUCAAGCUUCACCUGAGAAGGAGGAUGAAGACAGUGCAGAUGAUGCUGUCCCUCUAAAGAGAACUAAGAAGAUGAGAGAAGACACUGAACAAUCACAUGUGGAACCAGAACGAGAAGAGAAACCAGAGGGAGAUUCAGGAGAAGAGAGUGGUUUGGAUGAGAAAAACACAAAACAGCAAAAAAGAAAAAGACAGGAUUCAGAGCACUCUGAGAAUCCAGAAGAAGGAGAAGAGGAUGGAGAUGAGGACUUUGACAAUUCUGGAGUUCCUUCUUCCUCACAGAAGUCAUGGAUGGCAAGUCAAACUAAAGCCAGUAAGAGACCAAGAAUAAGCUACAGUAAAAAGGAUAGAGAUAAAGUGCCGCAUCCCAGACUAGAAGAUGAUGAUGAUGACGAAGUGGGAGAUGAACAAAAUAUCGAGGAAUAUAAAAGUGAAGAAGAAUCUGAGCCCAAAAAGAAAGCUCCACUUCGAGUGAGAAGAGAAAAACGAGAGAUUCCAGAAAACUUUUUUGAUUCACAAGAAAACAAAUCCACAGAAGAUGAUGGCACAUUAGAUGAACCAGCGAUAUAGCAUUUAUGAAGACUUGCCUGAUCAAACAAUAUUCUAAAGUCUUGCCUUUUACAUGCAUCAAAACAGCCCACCAUGAUGCUAGGGGUUCAAAUGUGCAGUGUCAAAACAUGUACAUAUUUGAGAUUUUUAUACUGAUGUAGUGACUCUCGGAGCCCACAUAAGGGAUUUUAUAAUGCAGUGUUCUAACAGUCACGCCUUUCUUUUCAUUGAUACCAUAUCAGGUGACCUAGCACACACCUUGCUAGAAUGAUUGUACUUACCUUACUACUAUUGCAGCAAAUAGUUUGUAUCAUGUUGUAGUUUAUAGUCAAAAGAAACCUAGAGCUGCUUAUCUACAAGACCUCCAAGGUAUAGGGGCUUAAUUUAUUACAAGGUUGCUGUCUUCUAGUCAUGGCAUCUUCAUACUUACAUACCCCAACAAUUUAAAGUUGGUUGCAAGUUUCAUGAUUGUAUUUUAGAAGCUAUUUUUAGUAAACCAGUUUUAAAAAGCA